UCAUCAGUCACACUGUCAUUGAACUGAAAUUGGGAUUUGGGAAUGAGGAAUUUUUGAAAAUAAGAAAAGUGACCACGUUUAUUCAAUAUCAAUAUUGCAAUAUGUUUUUGAAAUGCAUACUAGAUAGUCAAUCACUAUUCUUACAAUAUUAUUGUAAAAGAACCUUAAACAAUAAUGUAGCCAGUAUUACCAAAAUACAUAGGGAAAUAUAUACAAGAAUGUAUCCUACAAAAGUAGUUCUAGCUAAUGGUGCAUCUAUAAAUAUUAGAUACCAUGAACCCCGUAAAAUAAUAAAGCUACCCUUAGAUCUAUCUCUUUUAUCGGAAGCAGAGAAGAAGAUGCGACUGGAUAGAAGGAAACCUAAAAAGAAGGUUAAAAUCACUGAAACAAUAGAAGAUAACUUUAAUGCCAAAAAGUACUUGAAAUAUUUGAAGAAGAAGUGAUAUGCUACAUAGUUUUUGUUUGUAGAUUUAAAUAAUAUAGAAAGAAUAUUAAUUAUACUGGUUAUGUAGA